UCUAUUUCCUACCGUUUCACUUUCUCAGAUACUAUGUAUUAGAUCAGACUGAUGGUCUUCAUGAUAUGGGUGUUAUCCGUUGGCAACUUCUUCUCUGUUUCAUUGCAACCUGGAUCAUUGUUUAUUUAUGCAUCAUCAAGGGUGUCAAGACUUCCGGCAAGGUGGUAUACUUCACAGCCACGUUUCCUUUCCUUGUUCUGUUUAUCCUCCUCAUCCGAGGGCUAACUCUGGAUGGCGCUAUUGAUGGAGCUCUCUAUUUCAUCAGGCCUCGCUUUGACAAGCUACUAGAUGCUAAAGUAUGGCUUUCUGCAGCCAAUCAGGUGUUCUUGUCCUAUGGUGCAGGAUGGGGUGGCAUUCUUACUCUGGCAAGUUAUAACAAGUUCAAUAGAAACUGUCUCAGGGAUGCUCUGAUUAUCGUAUGCUCUGGGUCUUUCACCAGCAUCCUAGCAGGCUUUGUGAUCUUCUCAGUACUGGGGUACAUGGCUCAUGAAACAGGAGCAAACAUUGAAGAUGUAGUAUCAUCAGGACCUGGACUUGCCUUUGUAGCCUACCCUGAAGCCUUGUCUAGACUACCCCUUCCUCAGCUCUGGGCUUUUCUUUUCUUCUUCAUGCUUAUUACUUUAGGACUAGACAGUGAGUUUGUGACAUUAGAGACAUGUAUCACUGCAGUUGUGGAUGAGUUCAAGGAAGACUACCCCAUCUUUCACAGAAGAAGGUUCUUUGUUGUUCUUGGGACGUGUAUCGGCAUGAUGCUGAUAGGGCUCCCUCUAACAAUGCAGGGUGGAGUGUAUGUGUUUGAGCUUUUCAACUGGUAUUCUGCAGGCUUUACACCAAUGCUAAUUGUACUUUUUGAGGUCCUUGCGAUGUUCAUUUAUGGUGGUAAGAGAUUCAUGAACGAUAUGUCUAACAUGUUUGGUACUGUACCCAUCCCUUACUGGUGGUUCUUCAAUUGGUUUGUUGUAACUCCUAUUACCAUUGUGGUAAUCAUGAUCUUUGGUUUUAUAGAUCAGGUACCAGCAUACUAUGAUGAUUAUAUCUUCCCUGGAUGGGCCCAAGGCAUUGGAUGGGCUCUCACCAUGUCCUCCAUUAUUAUGAUAUUUGUAUAUGCUCUCUACAGUGUCAUCAGGCAAAAGGGCUCAUUAAGUCAGCGACUCAAAGCUGUGUUGCAUCCUUCUGAUAAAUGGGGACCUGCUUUGGCGAAGAACCGGGAGCUGAGUGGAUACAAACCGAUGGCAACGUCGGGAACCACAGAUAUGGAGUUAGAUAAGUUUACUCAAGUAGCAUAGAGGUGAGGAGGCUCUCGACUCUCUGUGUUGUGUCUUCCAGUAAAGUGACAACGUUAUCAAUUUUUGAAGCGAUAACUGUGCUGUAAUAGUUGCAGUAAAAAUGUACCUCUAGGAGUGUGUUUGUGGUAAUACUUUCCUUUACUAUACAUGAUUUUGAAACCAGGUUGGUAGGAUUCUUAUUAGACUAUCCACUGAGUAAAAACUUGCUUCAAACCCACAAAAUGAUGCAGUGUGAUAAUGUGUGUCUCUAGAAACAUGGCUUCCAAAAUGUCUCGGUCAAAACAUUAUAACUAUAUUCAACAAGGAAAAUUGUGCCCCCCAAAAAAGAGAUGCAGUAGCGCCACAUGAGAGAGAAAGAAACAUGCAUUGAAUAGAGUCAUUUGAAUAUACUUCUCUGUAACUGAACAUCAACUUUCAAAAUCCUGUUUCUCAAGAAAUUGUUACCAUGAACAUGCUCCAAAUUUCCUGAUGAAAUUGAUAGCUGUAUAUAUUUUGUUUAUAUACGUAUACAUAUAAUGGUUUCGUUGCUAUUAAAGUUGUACUAUUUUUUAAUCUUGGUGCUGAUUAUGUUUUGAUAAAGGGACUUUUGAAACUCAAAAGAAGAUUGCUUGAAGGGAUUGUUUGAUGACAUGACAGAAAGGAUUUGAAGAUGAUUUCAAUGAAGGUUUCAAUGAUGAUUUGAUAUUUUCCCGAUUCAUGUACUAAACAGAGAGUUAUUUGUACUGUUUAUUACAUUGCAUUAUUGCAUUGCCACCAAUGAGAUACAUGCUGCUAUUUUACAAGACCAAUUAUUUUCUUUAUCAAUGAAUUUGCCAAUAAAUAGUCAAAACAGUACAAAAUGUCAUCACAUUUUAUUGCAUUUGCAUGCUAUUUAGAUUUAUAUACAUGUAUGAUAUUGCACUGCCAUUAAU